UUCCUUCUUCUUCCAUUCUCAACUCUCUCCUCGAUCUAUUCUCCUACAGCAAACCAAAAAGCUCAAAUCUUUUGCCCUUUUAUCUUCUUAUAAACUCACACAAAGAAAACCCAAAAGUUAAAAACCAACCAAAUGGCUUGUUUGCAAACUUCAAGUCUCCUAUUCCCCACAUCUUCAACUCUUUCCAGUUCCUCAAGGAGAAUGAUCAAUGCUGCAAUCCAAGUCCCCAAAGUUCCAAGACUCCGCUUCACCAACCCGAAAACCGCAACCAAGUUGGUACUUGAAGGGCUACAAUUGAGUGAUGGGAUCUCAAACACGUACCAAAUAGCUCAACCAAAGCAUCAAGAAUCAUCAAAGCACUUUCAUUCUACUACUACUAGUACUUCUACAGCUACCAUUCAGCUCUAUGCAAUCCUAGAGGAAGUAGCAGAUAGAAUUGAGAUGCACAUCAAUAUUGGCGAGCAGCGCAACAACUGGAACGUUCUUCUGCUCAACUCCAUCAACAUGAUCACUCUCACAGCCUCAAUCAUGGCUGGAAUUGCAGGCACUGUUGGUGCUGGAAUGCCCAUUUUGGCCUUGAAGUUGUCUUCCGCUCUUUUAUUUACUGCAGCCUCAGGAAUGUUGCUUAUCAUGAACAAGAUCCAACCUUCACAACUAGCUGAAGAACAGCGCAAUGCCACAAGAUUGUUCAAGCAGAUCCAAACUCAAAUCCAAAACUUACUAGCACUUCGUGAGCCGACAGAACAAGAUGUGAAGGAAACAAUGGAGAAAGUUUUAGCUCUUGACAAAGCCUACCCACUUCCAUUGCUUGGAGCUAUGCUUGAAAAGUACCCUAAAAAGUUUGAGGCAGCUGCUUGGUGGCCUAAAAGUCAUGGAGUUCAAAAUCCAAGCGAAACGAAAUCCAGGAUGGGAAAGACUAAUGGGUGGAGUGAAGAUCUUGAAGAUGAAAUGAGAGAAAUUAUUUCAGUGGUGAAAAGCAAAGACUUCGAAGACUACGAGAGAUUAGCCAUUGGGUCUGCUUUUGUGGGUCACAAUGAUCUUGCAGCCAUUGCUGCAGUGGCUGCUGGUUCAUUGAGCACUGCAGUCAAUGCUUUUCAACAUGGUGGUCAAGUUGGGAUGGUGUUUGAGAUGUAUAGGAACUGUGCUGGCUUCUUCAACAAAUUGGAGGAUACAAUUGAAGCCACACUUGGAGAGCAAGAUUUGGAGAAAAGAGAAAAUGGCGAAUUGUUUGAGAUGAAGAUUGCUUUGGAAUUGGGAAGAAGCUUGCCUCAGCUUAGAGAACUUGCAUCAAAAUCAGCUUCAUGUAGGAGAAAUGGAACAGUUAUUGACGAAAUGGGUUCGAAACUGUUCUGAUUACUUAGCUUCACACUUUUGUGUACAAACAAAAGGGAAAAUCCCUUUGAUUCUUUAGUUCUUUGUACAAAAUCAUGUUACAUAGAGAUGUAAGAUUAAUGAUAAUCCUAAUUAUUUGACUACAAUUUUUGCAGAAAAAUACGUUUGAUUUUCUAGUUCUUUGCAUAUUAGGUUGCUGUCAUGCAUGGCAC